ACCCCAUAUCCCAUACCCCAUAUCCCAUACCCCAUAUCCCAUACCCCAUAUCCCACCCCAUAUCCCAUACCCCAUACCCCAUAUCCCAUCCCAUCCCUCCGGCCGUGAGACACCAUGAACGUGUUGGCCCCGGUGCGCAGGGACAGAGUGGUGGCCGAUCUGCCACAGUGCUUUAGGAAGGAGGCCGCCCUACACACCCGCCCUGAGUUCCACCCCAGUGUGAGCAGCGCCUGCCAGGAGCAGCGGACGGGCACAGUGGGCUUUAAGAUCUCCAAGAUCAUCGUGGUGGGGGACCUGGCGGUGGGGAAGACCUGCCUCAUUAACCGUUUUUGCAAGGACGCCUUUGACAAGAACUACAAGGCGACCAUCGGGGUGGACUUUGAGAUGGAGCGCUUUGAGGUGCUGGGGGUGCCCUUCAGCCUGCAGCUGUGGGACACAGCGGGGCAGGAGCGCUUCAAGUGCAUCGCCUCCACCUACUACCGGGGAGCUCAAGCCAUCGUCAUCGUCUUUGAUGUCAACGACAUGGCAUCCCUGGAGCACACACGGCAAUGGUUGGCAGAUGCCUUGAAGGAGAACAACCCUUCCAAUGUCAUCCUCUUCUUGGUGGGCUCCAAGAAGGACCUGAGUACACCAGCACAGUACAGCCGGAUGGAGAAGGACGCGCUCAGGGUGGCCCAGGAGAUGCAGGCAGAGUUCUGGGCUGUGUCCUCACUCACAGGAGAGAACGUGAGGGAUUUCUUCUUCCGUGUGGCAGCACUGACCUUUGAGAGCAGCGUGUUGGCAGAGCUGGAGCGCGGCAGUGCCCGGCGGAUCGGAGAUGCCGUGCGCAUCGGCAGCACCGAGAGCGACCUGUACCUGUCAGCUCCCCGCAAGAAGCCCAAAUGCUGCCAGUGAGCCCCACAUCACCCCACAUCUCCAAACCAAAGAGCGGCGGCCCUGGCAGGUGGGGGCACCCCGUAGCUAUGCAACCCCUCCCAGAAGGGACACCCCCAGCCUUCAUUGUAAUAAAAUGGUUUUUUUAUGCUUUUUAAAA